AUGGAUCUUAAGAGCGAUUGUUUUCACGUGGGAAGCGAUUGCCUUACUCCGAUUGCCUAUGAAAAAGGAAUAAUAACGUCUAAGCAAAUAUUUAAAUUAGCUGAGAAAUUUGGCUACCAUUUUAAUUUACUUGAUAUUGGCGGAGGUUUUACAGCUUUUUCAGCCCUAGAAACGACCUUUGCGAAAGCAGCUGCAGUUAUUAGUAAAGCAUUACAGAAAUAUUUCCCUCCGGAGUUGGGUGUUAGAAUUAUUGCUGAACCAGACUUUGACACGUGUAGCUCGUCUAUUCAAUUCAAUAACGCCAUCAGGAUGGAACGUGUGGAAAUCGUACCUAAUCUAUCCCUACAGGAACUCAUUGAAAAGAAAACGACAGCGAUGGACCAACAGUUUAAGGACGAUUCAUUCAUGUUAGUUAACAUCGGCAAUAUAAUAGAACGAUAUCGUGAGUGGAAAAUGCGAUUGCCUAAUGUUGAACCCUUCUAUGCUGUCAAAUGCAAUAACGAUCCAGUCUUACUACGUAUCUUAAUCAACUUGGGAGUUAAUUUUGACUGUGCAAGCAUGGCUGAAAUGCAAUUAAUACUCGAUGCGGGAGUUCAUCCGGAUAGAAUUGUAUACGCCAAUACUAUCAAGGCUGUAUCACAUCUAAGAUUUGCAAAGGAGAACAAUAUAAAUCAUACAGUGUUUGAUAAUGAAGACGAAUUGCAUAAAAUCAAAAAAUAUCAUCCAAAUGCUAAGCUGGCAUUAAGAAUUUGCCCUGAUAUGAAAUCAUGCGAAAGUAGAUUUCAGCUUGGUAUAAAAUUUGGAGCACCUGAACGUGAUGUAGCCCAUUUAUUAAAAGUAGCUCGAUCUUUAUCAUUAGACGUUAUGGGCGUAAGUUUUCAUGUAGGAAGCGAUUGCCUUAAUCCAAUUGGCUAUGAAAAAGCAAUAAUAGCAUCCAAAAAAAUUUUUAAACUAGCAGAGAAGUUUGGUUAUCAUUUUAAAGAACUCGAUAUUGGUGGAGGUUUUACUGCUUCUUCAGCUCUAGAAAUGACAUUUGAAAAAGCCGCUGUAACUAUUAGUAAAGCAUUACAGGAACAUUUUCCUCCCGAAUCGGGUGUUAGAAUUAUUGCAGAGCCAGGACGUUUCUUUCCCACCAGAGCAUAUACUAUAGUUCUGAAUAUAAUUGGCAAAAGAGUUGUUCGAAAGGGAAACAAUGAUCCAUUUGACUUGGAGCAUGAAAAUGCUCAUCUGUAUGAAAAUACAAGCGAUAUCGAGAAAGUGUUGUAUUACGUUAAUGAGAGCGUAUAUGGCAGUAUUGGCUUUAUAACUCUUGAUCCUACCCUAAUUAUUUUGAAGCCGCUUAAUGCUGGUGACUGGAUAUAUUUCGAAGAACUUGGAGCUUAUUCACUAGUUCUGGCCACCGAAUUUAAUUCAUUCAAGAAACCAAAAUGCUUCUAUUAUAUUCAAGAAGAAUUUUGGAAUGAAAUUCAAGGGAAGAUUGAUCUACCUUUUGAUUUUUACAACAUGAGCUAA